GCAGAACGCGGCGCGCCGCCGCGCGGGAAGCGCGCCGCCGCUGUCUUGCAGUUUGCAGGCCCCGCUUGCAAAGGGGCGACAUGGCGCUCGUGCCCUGCCAGGUGCUGAGAGUCGCCAUCCUCCUCUCCUACUUCUCCAUCCUGUGCGCUUACAACGCCAUUGACAUGCCAGCGCAUCAGACCUAUGGAGGGAGCUGGAAAUUUCUGACAUUCAUAGACCUGGUUAUCCAGGCUGUCUUUUUUGGGAUCUGCGUAUUGACUGAUCUCUCCAGUCUUCUCACCAAAGGAAGUGACAGCCAAGAACAAGAAAGACAGUUAAAAAAGCUCAUUUCCCUCCGCGACUGGAUAAUGGCUGUUUUAGCCUUUCCCAUUGGAGUUUUUGUUGUGACAAUGUUUUGGAGCCUCUAUAUUUAUGACAGAGAAGUGGUUUACCCAAAGCUUCUUGAUAAUUUCAUACCAUCUUGGCUGAAUCAUGGAAUGGCAACAAAAGAAACAUCCGUUGGAUUUUGGAAGAAGAUUCUGACCUGGGAAUUUGGUCAGCAAUUUUAUUGAGAACAUAUGAGCUAGCAGCCCAGCUAGCAUGAGGGAGCGAGGAUACAGCCUGAUAGAGGAGGGAGAAGAAUUGAAUGCUGCUGGUGCAAAAUCUGUUUCAAGUCCAUCCCCUCCCAACAGCACAAAGGCUCCCUGCAAGACUCCUUUCUGCAGGGAAGGAAGUAAAUGUACAGCAUAGCACAACUGUCUGGGAGCAUUAUUGUGUUCUUUUAUUGUCACACUGCUCCCAAGUCUGAAAAAUCAUCAUGUGGCUAUUAAAGGACAGGACUGAGCUCCAGGAGGCCUGGGAUCUAUUCUUGACUCUGCCACUGAAUUACUGGAUGAUCUUGGAAAAGUGUUAUUGGGCUUGAACCUGCUAGGUGCUGAGCGCCCUGAACUCCCAUUGAAGUCAGAGGGAAUUGAGAAUGCUCAGCAUUUUGAAGGAUCAAACCCUUAAACAUUUUUUUGCCUAAGCUUGCCUGCCUGUGAAAUGGAGAUAAUAAUACUGUCAGACCUACAUAACAGGGGUGCUAUGAGUCAAAAGUAUUGCUAUUUUUGUAAUGUGUGUCAAAUAUUGGUCACUGAUGGUGGCAGGAUAUCAGAACUGAUGAACUAAUGGUGUGAUCCAGUCUUCUGUAGGGUAUACAUGAACUAUGUUUAAAAUGAUCAAAUUAUCCAUGGAUUUUAUACUAAGGUUAGCGUUGCCAAUAUCUCAUAAAAUGCUUCUGAUUGACCUGGUCAAUGGGCACGAUGGCAGCAAGCUAGACUGAGUGCAGAAUGGGAGUUCUUUGAGUGAUUGCUCAUAUCGACUCCAAUUAGGUGUGUGCGCUGGGUGUACUGUCAUCAGAAAGCUUUUCCCCUAACAGCACCCGUCAGGUUGGCUGUGGAGCUCCCUGGAGUGGCACCUUCAUGGCACUCAAUAUAUGACCCUGCCAACCUGGCACCGCCUCUGUUCCUUCUUACCAGCAGUGACUGUUGUUGGAACCACGGUGACUUGCUUAGCAAGGUCUCCUCAUUUUCCCUAGUUUUCAGUUUAGUUUUGUUUACAGUUAUUCCUAGCCUUGUUAAAUUUAGUUUUAGUGUUUUUGGUUGUUAUAGCAGAUAGCUGUUGGGAGUAGGGGGGGUCUUCCCCUUCACCUUGACUGCGUUCCCUGUUGAGAUUCGGGGUAUGCCUAAAUCCCAAGGGUUUGAACCCUGCAAGUUCCUGCAGCAAGUCCUGCAGCAAGCUCAUGCCAAUGGGCAACCCCCACAAUGCUUGCUUUAAGUGUCUGGGGGAAACAUGACAAGUAAAGGGUUUUGCCCCAGAACAAAAAGGGAGUGAGACUUUCACUUCAAGCAGUUCCAUAUGGAGGCAGCAUCUAGACUGCAACCUACAUCAGCGCAGCAAGAGCCGGCAUCAAGCUCAUCGGUGCGCAGCACCCCAGCGGCAGUGGUAGAAGUGGCAACGCAGAAGGACUCGGAGAGAGACCCGCAGUGACAUCAAAACUGGCAGGAUCAACCUGUCACCAGUCCCAUUCCCCAACGCAGAAGUGGCGGAAGUAGAGAAGGAGUGGAUCUCCGACUCCAAGACCCACCCCUUUGGAGCUGGCCAAUGGGGCGCAUCCCAGAGAGGAGCACCCAGGGCCAAAGACUUCGGAGCCAGCACUAUCGACUUUGGCCCUGCAAGGGGGACGGUCGAGUCCAGUGCCAUUGGACUUCCUGAACCAGGUCAUUGAGGAAGUGGAAUUGCCAUACACCCUGAACAUCUUUGAGACCGUGAGGGACCUCAUUGCCAUGACAGCACCGCAGCGCCCGGUCCUUCAAACCAAGACUCCGGUACCACAACUUGGGUAUGCUCACCCCAGCAACCCAACGUAAACAUGUCAAGCCUCAGCAGCAGCGUUCCUGUUCUUCUUGGCCAAGGCAGGACUUUUAUAGAAGAAGGGGCAGGAAUGGCUGAUGCAAGCCUUCCCGGCCCCAGCAGGUCCAAAGCAGGCCUUUUGAAGGUUUGCCUGAGGAUAGCGAACCAGCCACAAUUCCAGAUUCUUGAAUCAUCUGUCCCACUUCUCACAAACAACUCCUUAUCUAGGAGGUGUGGGCGCUCCAUCUUCCAGAGGUGGGGGUUUCCCCAGGUCAAUCUGUUCGCCACCCAGAGCAACAGAAAGUGCCCAAUGUUCUGCUCCUUCCAGAAACACAGCCCAGGCUCAAACACAGAUGGAUUCCUGCUACCCCAGGGAAGCCGUCUCCUCUACGACGUCCCCCUGUUACCUCUUGUGCACAAGGUCCUGCUCAAGGUCUGCAGGGAUGGGGCAGAGAUAAUUCUGGUGGCACCAGCAUGGCCUCAACAACAUUGAUACACCACACUCCUGGAGCUGUCAGCAGUUGCCCUGAUCACUUUGCCUCCCCUCCCCAACCUGAUCACUCAGGACCACGGUCGCCUUCAUCACCUCGACCUGCAGUCCCUCCACCUCACGGCAUGGAGCUUCUGUGCUCAGAACAAGUAACAGAGGUCCUACUCAGCAGCAGGGAGCCCUCUACUAGAGCCACAUAUCUGGCAAAGUGGAAAAGAUUUACUUGUUGGUGUGACUAGCAUUGUACACCCCCUGUUCAGUCACCCGUAUCUCUCAUCUUAGAGUACCUUCUGCACCUGAAACAGCAAGGCCCAGCAGCGUCCUCCAAAAGGUACAUCUUACUGCUAUCUCAGCUUUCCACCCAGGAGCAUUUGGAUGCUCUAUCUUCGCCAACCCUAUGGUUGGUUGGUUCCUUAAGGGUCUGGAACAGCUAUAUCCCCAGAUCAGACAGCCUGUCCCUGUGUGGGAGCUUAACCUGGUCCUCUCCAGGUUAAUGGGAGCCCCGUUUGAACUGCUUGCAACUUGCUCCCUUCUCUGUCUGCCGUGGAGAGUAGCUUUUCUGGUUGCCAUUACAUCCACAAGGAGGAUGUCUGAGUUAAAG